UUCCAGAUGUUUUGAAGUAUGUUUCCAAUCAGCUGUAGCUGGCAGAAUCAAUUCAUGGAGGUGGUGGGCAUGGCAGUCUGAAACAUCAAGAGGGCCACCAGGUUGGAGAAUGAAGAAGAGUGUAACAUGGACUGCUACUGGGUUUCUGAAGUAUAGAUGAAUUGAUUGGAGUUAAAUCUGGAAAAUCUUUCCUAUGCGUUAACUGAGGUCUUGGGCCUCCUCAGCAUUAUCAAAAAGAUCAAAGCGAGUAAGUAGAGAAAGCUGGAACAUAAAAGCAGAGCUCAGAAAAGCGACUGUGCUGGCUGGGCAAUUCUGGGUGUUGCAGUUCAAAAGAAGAAAAUUGUCUAAGGUUUCACCACAUGGUCCUGCAGUCCCUCUGCCCUGAAUGGACACAGAUCUGGGUAUAAUCCUGUCCCAAUGUUUUCCAGCCCAGACGUCCCUGGCUGGCCCCCAGUGUAACCCAUCCUGGGCAGGAGUGGCCAAGCCAUGGGGAACAUUUACACGUCCUAUUUUGACACGUCCAAGAUUGUGGAGCACUAUAACUACACCAAAGAUAAGCUGGAGAAAGAUGAGCCUUCCUCACUUCCACUCACCGCCAUUGCCAUCAUUGUGCUUUGCUGCUUCAUUAUCUUGGAGAACCUGUUAGUGCUGGUGGCGGUUUGGAGGAACAAGAAGUUCCACUCAGCCAUGUUCAUCUUCAUCGGCAACCUGGCCUUCUCGGACCUGCUGGCAGGUGCAGCUUUCAUCGCCAAUGUGGUCCUCUCAGGCCCUGCCACCUUCCGCCUCACUCCCAUCCAGUGGUUUGUGCGAGAGGGCACAGCUUUUGCCACACUGGCAGCCUCUGUCUUCAGCCUGUUGGCUAUCGCCAUAGAGCGCCACGUGGCCAUCACCAAGGUGAAGGUCUACAGCAGUGACAAGAACUGCCGGAUGGUGCUCCUGAUCGGGGCCUGCUGGGUCAUCUCGGCAGCCAUUGGGGGACUCCCCAUCCUGGGCUGGAACUGCAUGCAUGACUUGGACAAGUGCUCCACCGUCCUACCCCUUUACUCCAAACAGUACAUCCUCUUUGUGGUGUUGAUUUUCACCAUCAUCCUCUUCUCCAUCGUGAUCCUGUAUGUCCGGAUCUACCGCAUUGUCCGCUCCAGCCACGCUGAGAUAGCUGGUUCUCAGACGAUGGCCUUACUCCGGACGGUCACGUUUGUCCUGGGAGCUUUCAUUAUGUGCUGGCUGCCAGCCUUCAUCAUCCUUUUGGUGGAUGCCUCCUGCGCCAGGAAGUCUUGCGCCAUCCUUUACCAGGCGAAAUACUUCUUUGCCUUUGCCACCCUCAACUCAGCCAUCAACCCCAUCAUCUACACGCUCCGCAGCAAGGACAUGAGGAAGGAGUUCCUGCGGGUGCUUUGCUGCUGGGGAAUGAUGGGGCAGGGGAAGCCGGCCGAGCGCUGCAUGAUUCCCCUCCGCAGCUCCAGCUCCUUGGACCGCUGCACCCAAAAGCAGGACCUGCCCACCUCACCCUUCAUGAAGGAGCAUUCCACGUUUGUGUGAGAGAAGACAUAAGGAGAGGAAGCGACGAAGGUGGAAAAGAGGGGUGGGGGUGGGUUGGACCCCAAGAGGCGGUACAAAGGUGAUGAGGGACAUGGUGUGGAAAGGUCUUCCUGGUGACCAAAUCACCCUGGUGUGAUGUGGAGGGGCACGUUUGUUCACUAGACCUGCACAGUAUUAUAACUUCCUGUUAGAUGUGUGUGAGAUAAUCUUUUGACCGAC